AUGGCCGCGUUCCGUUGGUCGCGGCACGGCAUCCCGCUGGUCGCGUUGCUCCUCGUCGUCGUCGCGACGCUGACGCCGCUCGCAGCCGCUCGCCCCGCUCCACCCCUUAUGGAUACUCGUCUCGAAGAAGCUUCCCCGAACUUGGGAUCGUCACAGGGUCGUCUCGGCAACUUCGAGGCCAACCUCCACAUUCCUGAACCGUUACCCGGCAGUCCCGAGGCCCAUUUCGCCACUGCCAAGGCUAGUCUCGGCAAUCCCGAUGUCGAUCCACGUUCUAGGUCACCCCCAGUGGAAACAGAAUUGUUGGGCGGCGGAUCAGAUCUGCGCGCCUCGUCGCAUCCAAUCAGAUAUCUCGCGACUGACCAGCUGGAGCUGAGUCAGCACCGACCAAUCAGGUCUCUCGCGCGGAGCCCCGUGGACGCGGAAGAGGCGGAAGACGACGCGGAGAUCCCCCCUGGUAGGGUCGGUGAAGGCCCCGCCGACGCGGGGUUGGCGGAAGAAGCAGAGGGCGCGGCGGAAGCGGCGGACAUUGUGGAAGCGGAGAUUGAUCCGCCGAGGAAAACAGUGAAUAAGAAAAAAAGCGGUGUGGGUGGUCCGGGCAGGGGGGGAGAAGACGAAUUGGGGGAGGAAGCGGAGGAGGAAGCUGGGGCGGAGGCGGAUGUUGGGGGGAAGAAGCGGAAGGGGGAUGUGACUGGGGAAGGGGCGACGAAAGGCGAGGCUACUGGGAAGGGGGCGGGAGUGGUGGGGGAAGAGGCGGAGGAGGGGGAGGAAGGUGCGGGGAAAGUGGGUGUUGGGAAGAUUGGGGCAGGAGGGGAAGGGGGAGCAGGAGGCGGGUUGACAGGUAGUGGGGGGGGAAGCACGCGCAAGACAGCAGCAGACAGAGACGCGGAGGCGAGGGGGGAGGCGGAAGGGGAGGGGGAAGGGGAGGGGCUGGCGCAGGGGCUGGGGAAGGGGAAGGGGAAAGGGGGAGGUGGUUUAGACGCGGAGGGGGAGAAGAAGGCGGUAGAGGAAUCCAUAGAGCAAGCAUCAUUGGGGGAUGAAGGAGGUGGGCUUGGGGAAGGGGUUGGGGAGACCACGGGAAAGGGUUCUGGGGCGAGAGGUGGGGGGAUUGCGGGGGAGAGAGAUGGGGAGGGUGCAGGGGCCAUUGGUAAGGAGGGUGCUGGGGGGUUGGGGGUGGAAGGGGGUGAGGAGGGAGGUGGGGAGGGGGGUGCGGAGGGGGUUGCGGAAGGGGGUGCGGAAGAGGAGGAGGGAGCAGCGACAGUGGAUGAGCAACCAUGGGCGGAGGGGCAGCGCGGGGGGAGGGCGGGGGAGGGGGAGGCGGAGGGGGCGGGGGGAGAGGUAGGGGGAGAGGGUGCGUUUGGCGCAGAUAGGGGUGGUGCUGGUGCUGGCGGUGGUGGUGCUGGUGCAGGUGGUGGUGCUGCUGGUGCUGGUGCCGGUGGUGCUGGUGCUGGUACUGACACUGGUGGUGGGAAGAGCGAUAGCAGCAGCAAGGGCGCUUUCUCUGGGGAAACCGACCAAGCCCCCUCGUCUGGUAACCAGGUUACCGCACCUGAAACCACCACUCCCCCCAGCAGCAGCAGCAGCAGAAGCAGUGCCACUCUCUUGCUGUCCAUCAAGCGAGCCCUCAUCCAGCUCUUAAAGCCCUUGAUUCUCUCCACUAGGACCAUCAUUUACCCCUUUGUCGGCGCGGCAAACGCGGAAACUUUCGCGGUGUACCUCGUGCUAGGGGCAUUUACCCUGGCAAUUCUGGGUUCCCUUGUAGUACUCAUCGUAUGCUUCUGCUGCUGCAGGGGCGGGGCGAGGCAUGGGGAAGGCCCUAUGUAUGAGAGUGUUGCUGGGGCGGAUGGGAAUACAGGCAGUGGGUUUGGAAGCAAGGGGGGCGGUGUGGGUGGGAGUAGGGGAUCGGGAGAACAGUGGGACUGGGACGAGGAGGACGGGGAUGGGGACGAUUGGGAGAGAGUGGGGAGGGAGAAAGGAGGAGGAGGAGGGGGAGGCUUGGGGAGGGGUGCAAUGGAGGUGGAGGUUCGAUCGCCUACUAGUAGCUCCUUAAAGCUGGGAGGAGGAGGGUCUAAGUCUCCCUUCGGUGCCGCUGGUGGGAGCGGCAGCAGCAGCAGCAGUAGCAGUGGCAAGCCUUUGUUAUUCAAGCCGGCUAUCUCCUCUUCUGUCUCUCCUACUGCUGCUGCUCUUGCCUCCGCCCCUGUCGCUGCUCCUCUCGCUGCUGCUGCUCUUCCUGCUGCUGCUGCAUCGGUGAUGGGUGCUGGUAGCGGUGUUACCAGUGCGGUUGCCAGCAUCAGCAGCACUGGUGUUACCAGCGUGACCAGCGGAAGCGCCACCAGCAAGAAACCGGUGCGGACAGGAUGGGUGGAUGAGGAGGAGGAGAAGGAGGAGGAGGAUAUUGGAUGGGGAGAGCUUGGGUCAUCACUUGGUUUCGGGGGAAGCAGCUCUUCUGGAGGCAAGAAAGGAGUGAGAGGAGGGAAGGCAAUUGGGAGUGCUGGUAAGAGUGGCUCGACAGUUGCAGCAGCUAAGAAAAAGCAAACGACGAGCAAAUUGGUGGUUGUUAAAGGGAAGAGUGGUGGAGGGGAGGAGGAUGAAGAUGGUUGGGAUUUCGAUGACUAG